GAUAAAAUGUCAACAAUAACAUUCAGUAGCUUAUCGGAUUGCAAAAUUGUGUAAUUUUUCGUCUAAAUCUUGUUUCCAAAAUCGAUUUUAUGCGAUCUUCUGUUGUUUCCACGACUGUUGAUACUCAUUCCAGCGUCGGUUAGUACGUGCGUCGUAAGGCUGCAUCGAAAAGUGCAGAAAUGGCAGCCGGUAUCAAGUACCACAUCCAACGGGAAGUUUUCGACGCGUUAGACGAACGGAUUCUGUCGGUAUGCAAUGUAAGCAAAUUACUCAAGAAGAAAAAAGCAUCCUACCUCUGUGUUGUGUCCACCACAAAGCCCAGGAUUGUGAUUUCGAUUUGCCAAGUCAAACAGUACGACAAGGGCGUGUGGAAGAAGAAACGAACGUGGACGCUGGAAGACGUGAAGGGGGUGGACGGUAGAAAUGAGUCACCAGAAACGCACGAAUUUGAUCUCAGCCUGGAAAAGGUUUACCGUUGGUUCGCGGCAAAUUUGCACGAACGACAAAAUUUUUUAACAGUUCUUUGGAAACAAUUGCAAAAGUAUGUUCCUGCAGAAGAGAGGCCAGUUUUCAAGAACAUCCCGAAGGCUUGGCUCACGGAAAGGUCACCGGAAAAAACACUCAAUGAAAAAUUUGCUACAAUGGGGGCGGGACCACCGGGAGUGGACGAAGAAGAUGAUGAAAUGGACGAGGUGGAAAGUGAAGAUUUCCAUGCAUUGACGGAAAAGGAAGAAACUAAUCUGAGCAAAUUAAUUGGUGAGUGUGACUACGCUAUUAGUAAUGCAGAGCAAUUUAUGGAGCAGCUCGGAAAGAAUCUACAAGAACUCGAUGGAGCUAAUAUUCAGAGUGUAUUAGCAUCCGAAAAACAGGUAAAUGCACUUAUGGAUCAGAUCGAAACAGCAAUUCUAGAAGCAGAAAAGGUCGAAAAACGAUUAGACGAUUACGACGAAAUUCUUUGUCACAUUCGAGAUACUAUGGAGAAAAUGGGGGAAAAGAAUCAAAUGAUCGAAAUUGCCAACACUAACAAUGUAAAGUUGUUGAGCGAACUGGAGAAAGUCGUCUUCCAGCUCGAUUUGCCCCAUGUUCACCAGCUGGCUCUCACGGACACGGAUCUAACUCCCAAGGGCCUCCCAGCGGCUAUUGCUGCUGGAAAAGCACUACAGAACUCAAUGAACAGCGAUAUUAGUCCUGCGUUGCUUCGACUGACAGCUGUCCAAGAUCAGCGUAAACGUUUCGAAAAAUGGAAAGCAAAAUUUUCACAAACAGUUAGUCGUCAUCUAAACAAUCUGUUCAUACAUUUGGGUAAUCUAGGAGACUCACAGAGUACCCAUUCGAGCGAAUUAUCACUACCGAAGCACAACUCUGUUCACAAAGAGUUAACCGCUUACGCGGAACUAAUGCACUGGAUGAAAGCAAUGGACCGGAAAGCGUAUGAUGCACUAAUAAAAGUUUAUACAAGUUCACUGAGUAAGGUUUACGACCGAGAUAUUCGAAUUUUCUUUGAAACGGCAAAAGCGUCGAUAUCGGUUAAACGGUUUGGAUCACGAGAGGACUUGAACAGUAGUUCGAUGAGUAAUAAACUUAAAUUGGGUCAACAGAGCAGUAAGGUUCCUUCGCAACCGUAUGGUAUUCUAGGGAUCAAUCGAGAACUUUGGGGUCCAGGUGCUGAACCUGCCGAGCGGCAAAAGUUCGACUCCAUCUUGGAGAAAGUACUAGCGGAACUAGAACCGGUAGCACUCAGUGAGCAACACUUUUGUAUUGCGUUCUUUCAACUGGAUGUAAUAAGUCCUACCGGAAAGAACACUCAGACUACGCUGGAUGUAACGACUGCUCUCCAAGACAAGGAACGGGAUGAGAAAGACACUGCUCUGGCUAUACCACAGAAGCGACUAGAUCGACAGAUAAAUGAGGAAGUACGACGAAUGAUGGGAGAACUGUUCAGCAAUUUGGAACAGGAACUGAAUAGUUUUAUUCUUAGUUUUGAGAAGCUUGACAGCUAUUAUUCAUUGUACGUUCUGGUGCGUCUAACGCAGCACGUAAUGUCCGCUCAGGAUGCGCAUUCAUUUCUCAGCAUGACAUUUGCCUCAGCUUUAAUACAUGUCAAGCGAAAUUUCGAUAAAUUUAUGAACCUCCAACUGCAGUCAAUUCAGGAAGCCAAAGUUCCGAAAAGAUCCAAAUGUGGACUAUUACCUUACGUGGAGAAUUUCGAAGAGUUUGCUGUCACCGCCGAGGCUAUAUUCAAGAAAACAGAACGGCGGAACGAUUUGGAUCGAUGGUUUCUCAAACUGGUCGAGGCCAUCUUCGAACAUAUUCCACUGCACGCUAUGGAGCAUCCUAAAACGCCACAGCAGGUAGUGAAAAUGGAAAACUACCACAGAAUGCAUUCGCUGUUGUCACAGUUAAAAGUGGCUGUUCUAGAGCAACUAAAAAAGGACGCAAAGGUGCGCUAUAACGAUGCACUGAAAACAUAUGUGACAAAAUAUUUUGGGCGUCCAUUGGAAAAAUUGAAUCAAUUCUUCGAAGGUGUCCAGCAGAAGGUGCAACAAGGUGUUAAAGAAACGGAAAUCAGUUAUCAGAUGGCCUACUCGAAGCAGGAACUUCGCAAAGUAAUCGCACAGUACCCAGCGAGAGAGGUGAAAAAAGGUCUUGAACAACUUUAUAAAAAAGUAGAGAAACAUCUCUGUGAAGAGGAAAAUCUACUGCAAGUAGUUUGGCGUGCAAUGCAAGAAGAGUUUAUCGCACAGUAUAACUCACUGGAACUUUGGAUACAGCGGUGUUACGCUGGAGCUAUGAUCACUCUCGAUUUUACGAUCAAAGAUAUUCUGGACUUCUUUUCGGAAAUUGCGCGAUCACACUAACAAGGGUUAAAGAUUAUGCAUCGUUUUUACUCGUAGAUUUACAUAGCAGAAUGCCGCAGAAACAUACUAUUCCAGUCCUGAUGCCGACUAAAUCAUUAAGUUCUAAUUUAUAAGUAAUCUCUACUUAAUGUUGCACCUUAUUAUAUUUUUAACGUUAUAUUUACACACCUUAGAAUCUAGCGUAAACCGACAACUGUAAGUAAUCGAACAAAUAACUAUAAGAUGCAUCCCACAUGCUGGAACGCAACACACAAUUAACAAUUAUUUUGCUUUAUACUGGAAUCAAUUAAAUUGUAUAAAACUGUUCAACUGUUAAAUAAAUAGGAUUAUAGACAUUUA